AUAUAAAUUACACCCGAACCAAAGACCCACCACAUCUCCCACCAUGGAUAAGUUCCGUAUGAUGUUCCAGUUCCUCCAAUCCAACCAGGAGUCCUUUAUGAGUGGGAUCUGUGGCAUCAUGGCCCUGGCCAGCGCUCAGAUGUACUCUGUCUUUGAGUUCAGCUGCCCCUGUAUGCCAGAAUACAACUACACCUAUGGGAUCGGACUGCUCACCAUUCCACCCAUAUGGUUCUUCCUGUUAGGUUUUGUGUUGAACAAUAAUGUGUCGGUGCUCACGGAGGAAUGGAAAAGACCCACGGGGAGACGCAGCAAGGACCCGACCAUCCUGCGCUACAUGUUUUGCUCCAUCACACAGAGAUCUCUCAUAGCGCCUGCCGUGUGGGUGUCAGUCACCCUCAUGGAUGGGAAGAGCUUCCUCUGCGCCUUCAGCAUCGACCUGGAUAUCGAUAAGUUUGGGAAUUACAGUCUGCUGACGGGGAUGUCGGAGAUGGAGAAGCUCAGAACGCUGGCGAGGAUUCCUUGCAAAGACCUCUUUCAGCAUCAGGAAGUGAGAUUGGCAGCGACACGAUACAUCAAGUGUAUCUCACAGGCAUGUGGAUGGGUGUUUCUGCUCAUGAUGACCUUCACGGCCUUCAUGAUCCGAGCCAUUCGCCCGUGCUUUACCCAAGCCGCCUUCCUCAAGACCAAGUACUGGUCCCAUUACAUCGAAAUCGAGCGCAAGAUGUUCGACGACACCUGCAAGGCUCACGCCAAGAGCUUCGCCAGGGUCUGCAUCCAGCAGUACUUUGAGAACAUCAGCGGGGAGAUCAGCAGCUUCCACAAUCAUCGCUCCGGCAGGGACGACAGCGACGACGAAGAGGAGGAUAAGAGAAGCGACGAAGACAAGCUCAUGGGUAUCAGGGCCCAGGAUGAUAUGAAUAAGGUGUUAUGGAACUGGCACUCCUCUAAACCAGCUCUGGCUCUGAGAAAGGACCAAGUGGACAUUGAAGCCAACGGCAAACUGAACGGAGAGGCGAAUGGAUGCGUGAAUGGACAGACCAAGGUGGUGGAGAAGAGGGAAUGGGCGGUGUAUUACAAUUGGAGGACUGAGGUAGCGAGGGAGGGCUGAGGGAGAGGAGAGUUGCGAGGCAAAACGGCCGGUCACAUGAGCAGAGAUCUGUUUACAAACCCGAGGCAGAGCAGGAGCAGGAACAGGAGCAGCAGGAGCAGGAACAGGAGCCGCAUCAGGAGCGAGGGGAGGAAGGGAACGGCAAAUUGCAUGUUCCUGUUUCCUCGGAGCACCGUUUCGGAUUGAAAGAGGAAAGAGGGGAAGCCUGGCCUGACAACGCCAGCUGGAGGUGGAAGAGUCUGAAUAUGACACACACAAACACACAGCACCUUUGUUGUUUUUUUCUCAAUUGAAGGAGCAGAUGGUUAGAGGGAGACUAGGAUCCCCCCUUUACGCGCACACGCACAAGCACACACUCAGACACACACACACACACACACACACACACACACACUAACUGACACACAAAACCCACAGCGCCAAUCCCAGAGUCUAGAGGACUGUUGUGGACUGCAUG